AUGACUAAGAUUAUCUCGCCCUCAGCCUCAUACGGUCCUUAUCUCGGAGCAGAAGAUUGCCUUUACGUGGACAUAUGGGUGCCGACAAAUUCUACUGCAGAUGAAAAGCUACCCGUUUUGGUCGAAAUUCCAGGAGGUGGAUACGUGGAAACGUCGUUUGCUGCAGGAGCAGAUGUGGUUUCUCUUACUGAGGCUGUGGUAUACGUCUUCAUCCAUUACCGCGUGAAUAUCUUUGGGUUCUUAUCGACUACGGGACUUUCCCAGGAAACAUCCCCAUAUCUUUCAAGCGGUAACUACGGACUGGCUGAUUGGACACUGGGUUUACAAUGGGUUCACGACAAUAUUGAUCUAUUCGGCGGAGAUCCCAACCGGGUGACCGUCCACGGCUCCAGCGCCGGAGCAUGGGCAAUGAGCCUAGUACAGGUCACCCCCAAAACGAAAGGCUUGUUCCAACAAAUUAUGGUGGAAAGUGGCGGAAGUGACCAAUCCAUCACAGUCAGCAGCUUGGAGAAAAAGGAGGUGCUAGGCCAGACACUGGCAUCCGCGGCUGGCUGUCCAUGGAACGAAACAUCGGACCCGGACUACGCACUGCAAAACGCUUGCCUAAGGAACGCCAGUAUUAUCGAUCUUAUGGAGGCGUUCAUUCCUCAGGACACCUUCCUGUGGUAUGACGAACAUGCAUUGUUUCCAGCACCGGAUGGUUGGUGGCUACCGGAUUAUCCGCAGACACUCUAUGACAGUGGCGCUUUUCAUCAAGUUCCCAUCCUGGCUGGCUCUGCUAUGGACGAAAUGAACCUCAUUCAGUUUCUGCCGUAUUUGAAUGUUUCUGGCCAAUGGUUGUAUAAUGCAACAGCAUGGGAGGAUGUCGCUGGGUGGUGCAAAAACUUCACUUCCAAGUGCGGUGUCAACGUUUCUGCCACCGGCGCUCUCAACGAUUACUAUCUCGAUCCAAAUCGCACGUUCGACGUGCGUGUGAACCGCAACUCCACUGACGGUGUGGGCACCAACAUGGGUCCUUAUGCUGCUAUGGUGGAAAUUAGCAGCGGGGUUAUUUUUCAAUGCCCUGUGCGGCGUAAUCUGCGCCAUCAAGCUUCAGCUGGCCAACCUGCUUUCGGAUAUACCUUUGGAUAUCGGUCCCCCAACGCUGCUGGUGGUGUGGCCGCUUUUGCCGAACACGGUUCGCAGUUAGGUCUGGGGUUCGACCCCCUUGCUCCUUACCUGACCAACACAAGAGACGAGUUCAUAGCUCAUACCAUGCAACAGUACUGGGCUUCGUUCGUCAUCAACGGGUAUCCGAACAAUUUCACGGGCAUUGAUUUCUCCUUCGGGGUCAAUCAAACACUUCCUCGCUGGCCAAGUCAGACAGAGGCAGGUGACACUGUGCUCCGUAUCGGUAACCACGACGUCAUGCAAGAUUCUACUAUCGACACGGUAACAGGAGCGUACGCCUACUGCGACCUUCAGGAUGCAGUCAUUCCCUCCUAUACCUACAGACCGAAUUGUGCCCCCGGCUAUUCGCUCACAAAUGACUUCAAGGGCUGCGCGUAA